UACGUCCCCAAGCAAACCAGCACAGGAAGCACCACACUUCCUAGCCCAAUUGACCAUGAGCAACAAACUUUUCAUGAAAUUCAUACAAACACAAAUAUAUUCAACAAAAACAAAUCUCAGAUUCAAUUCAAUAAACAAACAUACCAUCACAAUUUAAUGAAACAAUCAACAAAAGCAUCUCAUCUAGAAUCUUUCACUUCCCAAUUAACUCACACAACCAGAAAAUGAGAGAGAGAGAGAGAGAUACCUGAUUUAGCAAGAAUUGGUUGAUGGAAGAAGGAAGGAGAUGAAGAGCAGAGGCGGCUAGGCUUCACGAUUGUUCUUCCUGUCUAUCUUGGGUGGGGAUCAAUUAAGCACCAGAAAGAUAAAGCAGGAGAAGCUCUAAAAUGGGAGAUGCCAUGGAUUGCAUAGAUUCUAAGAAGAAGAUGGUAUUUGUGACUGUGGGAACAACUUGUUUUGAUGCUCUCGUUAAAACAAUGGACACUGAAGUAGUUAAAGAAGAACUAUUUAGAAGAGGGUAUACUCACCUUCUUAUUCAAAUGGGCCGUGGCUCUUACGUCCCCACUAAGAGUGGAGGAAAUGGGUCAUUAGCGGUAGACUACUUUACUUUUUCAUCGAGCAUUGCAGACCAUUUGAGGUCUGCAUCACUUGUGAUAAGUCAUGCAGGGUCAGGAAGCAUAUUCGAGACAUUGCGUCUCGGCAAACCCUUAAUUGUUGUGGUGAAUGAGGAUUUAAUGGACAAUCAUCAAACCGAAUUAGCCGAAGAACUAGCAAAUAGGAAGCAUUUAUACUAUGCUCACCCUCAAACACUUAAUCAGAUAAUCAAAGACAUGAACUUGGAUUCACUUGUCCCUUACCAUUCGGGUGAUGCCACUCCUGUAGCAAAGCUAGUCAACAGGUUUCUAGGAUUUCCUGAUGAUUGUUGACAAGAACUAAUAAAGUUUCAUUACUUCAAUCCACUCAUAACUACAUCAUCCUUGAGAACUAACUAACAAGCAUUUGUUAUGCUCUUUUGGGGUGUACAUAUUUCAUUUUCUUUCUAAAUCAAGUAACUUACUUGUUUGGUAUUA